CAUCGUUAGUGCUAGUGUAACAUGCUUCCUUGAAAAACUUAUAGUGCUCUUGAACUUUGUGUACGUUCAUUAUUUUCUUAUUCAAGUUUUAAGUUAGGCGAACCUUCUUGCUCGGUUACAAUAGUUUAACUAGUGAUGUAAUGCCAAUGUCUAAACGAAAUGAAGGAUUAUUUGAUGCGUGUUGUUGUCUACGGUUUUCUGGCAUUUCCUGUCUGGGCAGAGGAUACAGCUAAAGUUGUUGGCCAGUCAGAACAAGUUGUGGCCAUCGUAGGUGAUGAUGUCAUCCUCCCUUGUUCUCUGAGAACCACCAUCAGAACCGUCAGCGCUGUUGAUGAAGUAGUAGAGUGGCAGAGACCUGACCUCAAACCUAAAGAGGUGCAUUUCUACCGCAACCGUGUUGACUACAAUGAUGACCAGAAUAACAACUACAAAGGAAGGACGUCUCUGUUUAAAGAAGAAAUGAAGAACGGGAACAUCUCCUUAAAACUGACCGGAGUGAAACUCUCUGAUGCUGGAAACUACACCUGCUUUAUUCCUACUCUGAAGAGCCUCAACCAGAAAGCCUCUGUUCAACUCAGUGUUGGUGCUGCAUCUAAACCACAGAUCACUGUGAUUGGAGUUGAUCCCAUGGGAGUCAUCCUGAAGUGUGAGGCUGGAGGGUUGAUGUACAGACCUGAGAUGACCUGGCUGGACAGUGAUGGAAACAUCCUCCCUGUUGGACCUACAGAGAAAGAGACAGACUCAGAUGGUCGCUACACUGUGAGAGGUCAUGUGACCAUCCAGAAGACUGACAACAACAAGUUCACCUGUAGAGUUCUACAGCAUCAGAUCAACCACAAGAUGGAGACAGAGAUUCAUGUCCCAGAUAAAAUGUUUCCUGAAUGCUGGUCUUCCUGGAGACAGUCCUACUGGUGGGCCUGGCUGAUUGGUGGUCUGGCAGGAGGAGUUGUUGGACUUUUUUAUGUUCAGUCUCUGUUGAAAUAUACCUUCUAUAAGAUCAAUAAAUUCGAACAUAAUAGGAACAGAGAUAUGACUGAUGUUGGGGAUUCACCCGUGAAUGGAGUUGAGGAUGGGAAUAAGGAGGCUGUGCAGACUACUGGAUCAUGGAGAAAUCAACUGGAUCAUGGAGAAAUCAACUGGAUCAUGGAGAAAUCAACUGGAUCAUGAAGAAAUCUACUUUUUCAUGAAGAAAUCUACUUUUUCAUGAAGAAAUCUACUUUUUCAUGUAGAAAUCAACUUUCCAACUGACAAAAUCAGUAUUUAUUAUGGGUGCCCGAUACCACAAAAUUUGGGUUUUAUCCGAUACCACGUAAUACAGGGCCAGAAUCACUGAUAUCAAUACCAGUACCAAAACUUUUUAUUAUUAAAAGCGGCUUAUGUACUUUCAUGUGGGGGAGGACAUCCUGUCCCUUUGUUUGAAGCCCAGGAUAUGUGAUGGAACAAGGGGAAUGUGUUUAAUUAACAUAAGACAGUUGGGCAGCAUCUUACCACACCCCUUUUUCCUCUAUGUUUAGCAAUAUUUUUAUGUCAGCCUGGAUCUUUUUCCGGGAUAGCUUUUUGCAAAUAAUAAAUAGACACGCCCCACUACAGAGAUUUAGAGUUAAGGGGCGGGACAAUCCGUGGUUCUCUUCUGAGCUUGGAGAUAUUCUUCAUGACCACAAUUUAGCUUGGGCCAAAGCAAGAAAAACGGGAUCUUCAUCUGAUUGGCUUGUUUUUAGGCAGUUAAGAAAUAAAUGUUCUUCUUUUAUUAAGAAAGCAAAAUCUGACUUUUAUCUGUCAGCCACUACUAAUUCCUUAAACGAUCCCAGUCUGGUUCUUUGUUUGACACUGCUUGUCCUUAUACUGUGACACCUUGUAGAGAUGAACCAGUCUCUACAAGUGUCUUCAAUCUCACUCCAUUUUUAGUGGCUGAUGUUCAAAAAGCCCUAAAAGGGCUGGCUCCUGAAAAACCUUUAGGACCUGAUCUUAUAGAGCCCUAUUUCUUAAAAAUAGCUGCAGACUGUGUAGCACAGCCUUUAACGUACCUUUUUAAGCAUGUUCAGGACAUUUUAUCCCCAGUUCAGUCAGGUUUUAGGAAAAAACAUAGUACCAUCACAGCUGCAAUGAAGGUGAUAAAUUAUAUCUCUUUUGCUUGUGACAAGAAGCCGCACUGUGCAUCACUGUUUAUUGAUUUGUCAAAAGCCUUUGACACAGUUGAUCAUGAUGUCUUAAAGAUUAGGCUUCUUAAUUCAGGGUUUUCAGAGAAUAUUGUCUCUUGGUUCUCAAACUAUCUUAGUGACAGAACCCAGUGCAUUAAGUAUGAUGGUGUUCAGUCUGGUAUUUUACCAAUCCUUAAAAGGGUUCCACAAGGUUCUGUGUUAGGCCCUUUUUUAUUUACUAUUUAUAUUAAUAACCUUAAUCGGCAUGUGUCUGAUGCAAACUUUCAUUUUUAUGCAGAUGACACAGUUAUUUACUAUUUACUCUUAAACAAGACAUUGCACAUUUACAGAAUGCCUUUACUGUGGUCCAAAACACGUUGCUACAGCUGAAACUUGUGCUCAAUGUAGAAAAAACCUAAUCUAUGCUUUUCACGGGCCCCCGGAAUAGACCGCUGAAUGUUCCCUCAGUGACUACUCUUGACGGACGUGAAAUACAGACUGUUUCAACUUAUAAGUAUCUUGGUAUUGUGAUUGAUGAUUGCCUAUCAUUUAAGCCUCAUGUUCACUGUCUAGUGAGAAAGUUGAGGCUAAAAUUGGGUUUUUAUUUUUGAAAUAAGCUGUGCUUUUCUUUUAAUGUAAAAAAAACCGCUAGUGGCAUCCACUUUUUUAUCUGUGUUGGACUAUGGUGAUAUAUUGUAUAUGCAUUCAUCUGUUAAAUGCCUUCAUAUGAUUGACGCAGCCUAUCAUGCAGAUUUAUUACUAAUUGUAAACCUCGCACCCACCACUGUGAGCUGUACUCUCGUGUAGGGUGGCCUGCUCUGGCCACACGGAGGCUUUGUCAUUGGUACACAUUUAUAUAUAAGGCUAUUCUUGGUGUGCUUCCAUCCUAUUUAUGUUCACUUCUUAUGAAAAAAAGUGCUGGUCAUUAUUCUCUCCGUUCUCAGGCUGUUGUCUUGCUUUCUGUCCCACAUGUAAGUACUGAGCUGGGUAAAAAGGCCUUUGUUUAUUCUGUUCCCUUUACAUGGAAUUUGCUGCAGAAUAACUCAGUAAAUUGAUUCCUUUGAGUGUUUUUAAGAUAAGAAUGAGGUGUUUUGAGUUGAACUCCCUCACAUGUCAAUGUUUUUAAUUGUGAUUUCCUUGUAAGUGCAUAAUUGGCUUUCAAAUUGUUUUUAUUAAUUUAUAUGUUUUGUUGUGUUUUUGUAUGUAUGUAAUGAUGUGAUGUAAUUCAGUUGCCUAUCUUGGCCAGGUCUCCCUUGCAAAAGAGAUUUUUAAUCUCAAUGGGCUUGUCCUGGUUAAAUAAAGGAUAAAAAAAAAAAAAAAUGUAUUCUGAAUGUAAUGUGAAUUCACAUUAUAUUUUUAUGAUAUGACCAUACAGUAAUGUAUGAAUAUAGUGUUCUGAAAAUUUGUAAAAAACCAAAUGGUAUUCAAUGCUAACUUUGCCCAUGAGCCUGUCAGACAUUUAUUUUUAAAUUAACAAAAAUUUUAUUUGACGAGUUUUUAU